AGAGAAUAAACCAUAUGUCAACGCAAACAAAACUAAAUUAUGUCAAGUCAAAAUUAAUCGUAAAUCUCGUGUAAUAACAAAAAUAUUCACGCAUUUCUUUAUGUGCAAAGAUCCAUGUUCUAUAUCUAUUAAUUUGUUUACAGAGAAACUAACGUGAUGGCUGAAAAAACGGAAUCCAAUCCCGAAGAGUCAAUGAGUACAUCAAAACAAGAUGACAAGCCUUCUGGUAACUGGUGGGAUACAUGGCUAUCAUCUGCUAAAACAAAGUCAGCGGAAGUGUAUUCUAUGGUGAAAAAGGAUUUAGAUGAGAUUGGUACAGCGGUGAAAUGUGAAGCAAGUCAUGUUAUCAGUUCAACAUCUAAUGCCCUCGGAAAGACUUUCAAGUUUGAUGAACCAGAAUCCACAGCAAAUGCUAUGAAGAAGAGUUUCAGCACAUUUAUUGAGCAAGUUAAUACAGUACUAAAUCCGGAGCCGGAUGAUGAAGAUGAUACCGAGGUUAUACUCUCAUCGGGCGAUACAACAAUGCUCUCCACAUACAAGAAAGAGUUAGAAGCACUGCAGCGUGUGGACGCGACGUACAUAGUGGCGGCGGACAGCGCCGAGUUCGAUGCGUGGCGCGCGACCACUGAGAACACGUGUGGGCAGGUGGUGCCGGCCGCGGCGGCCAAACGGUUGGAAGCUAACCCCAUACUGAAGGAACAGUAUAACAAAUUGGUGCCUGACGCGGUGACGCAUAACGAGUUUUGGGAAAGAUAUUUAUUCCGCGUGGCACUACUUCAAGACCGUUUGGCGGCCGCGUCCCGCAAACAGCCCAUGGAGCCUCCCACUGCCGACCCUGUUUUGGCUAACUUACCUCUACAGACGCCCAUACAACAAAGUCCAAAGAAAGUACUCUCUGGUCUUGAAGAAAUACCUUAUGAAAAAGAUGAAGAUAUCGUUCAAUGGGAAGACGUACCAUCUAUUACAGAAGAAUUCCCACAUGACGUUGAACUAACAGAAGAACAACAGAUCCUACUUCUAGAAGAAUAUGAAAAAGAAAUCACACAGAAGAAGAUAAACAGACGCUCGUCAUCGAAAGAUUUAAUCAACAAUAAUUCUAAUACACCACAAACAUUAAAAGACGAAUUAAAUAAUACCAUAGACAAGAAAAAAAAUGGCCGUUCACCAAAAAGACAGACAAAAUCAGACGAAUGUGGUAAUAAUUUAGUUGAAGAUUAUUUUGGUGACAAAGAAGUGAAAGACGACGCAAGCGCGAAUUCAGAUGAAAGUUGGGAAAAAGAAUUUGAAAUAGAUGAACCUUUAGGACAGAAAGCCUGACAAUCCGGACAUAUAUUAAUAAAAAAAAUGUAUACAUGAUAUAUGACAUUCAAAUACAGAACCUCGAUAACUCAAACCUUGGUAAAUUAAAAACCUCUAUAACUUCAAAAAAUAAUAUCGAUCGGUGAAAGGUUAUUUGUUUUAAGCGCCAUUAGGUUAAAUAUUCAGGAGAGCCAUUUUCAUCUAAAAAAAAAAAAUCCUCAAAAUAAUUCCAAUUGAAAGAUUUCCAGACCGGUUCUAGGUUGGAAUUACUUAAUUCUGCUUACUUCGUUAUUUAUUUCAGAUUUAAAAUUCGCUGAUUAUGAAUAUAUACAUAUAUGUAAGUCAAUAUCGUCCUAAAUGGCGUUUGACACAAAUAGCCUUUACCCGUCGAUAUGUUCCCUUCCCAUCAGAGCCCAAAACCUCUAUAACUUCAAAUAUUUUGUGUUUCCCUUGGACGUUAACUUAUCGAGGUACUAUUGUAUAAUCUUUACAUUUGUGUCCUAUAAAAAUCCAAAUGCUUGGUCAACCUAACGAAAAAAUUUUCAUACAACUGGACUCGAAAAGUCUUGAAAUGCGUUAAAAAUCUCAAAUCUAACUGUAUUUCUAUUGAUAAAUUACCAAUAAAAAAUGUCGUCCUUUACAUUUCUUUUGGAAAAAUGGAUAGCAAUAAUUUUUUUGAACAUAUAGUAUAGUUGAAUAACAUAAAUGAGAAAAUAAUAUAAUCACAGAUUUAUAAAAAAACAGACAUGACUAUUUAAACGCUGAUAUGUUCCACAAAUAAAUAAAAAAAAUGACAUUUUACUUAGUAACACAUGUCAAUAUAUCUUUUUUCCAUUAAAUUCGGCUAUAUUUUAAUUGCUUACUAUUACUAGUAAACUGUUUAACGAUUUUUAUUUUUAAGUUUGUGUUAAAUUUGACAAGUUUAGAUAUAUUUCAUUGUUUUUAGAUGUAGUUAUAGAAAUUAUAGUAAGGUCAGCAAAAGUACAUUUUUUUAAUAUAGUAUUUUAUAUAUUUUUACUUGAUAUCUGUAUAUAUCUUAUUUAUUUACUGAUAAUAUGAAAUAUAUAUGAGACUAAAUUAAAUAAUGAGCCAUAUGUAGUUUUUGACGCCCCCAUUUACAUGCAAAAUGAUAUUUAUAUAUUAAAAAUUACGGCCAUUAAAGUUUGUUACAUAUAUAAAAAAUGUGCCUAAAUGUAAUGUAAGUUAUAUUGGACAUUAUCGUUUUUAAGCCAGUACCUGGUCCAUUAAAUUCCAUAUUUUUAUAUGUUUAAAAUAAAUAAGAAAAUAACUAAGGUUCCGACCGAGUCUACCGUAUCUAAUAAUUUUGGUCACCCUAACAUUGAAUUUGAGUAUUAUAUUUUUUUAAUUUCAUAUAAGAAAUGCUAGUUACGUUUUUUUUUACAAGUUAGAAAUGCAGUUGUGCAGAAUUAUUAAGUUUUAUUAUAAAUUUUUCGGUUACUUUUUAUUAAAUUACUGUU